GGCGAUUCGUGCGACAUCAGUUUGCUCGCUUUUUUCGUUAAAAUCGUUAGUCACGAUAAAUAGUCGUGUGCCUGCGGACAAUAUAAUAUUUAAACAUCGUAAUAGCUAUAAAUUUCACGCGGUAUAAAUCGGCUGGAGUGUCUAUAUAUAUACUUAUAUACAUAGUAAUAUAUUAUCUUAGAUAUUUGCGUAUCGGCUGUACCAUAAGACGACCGAUAGAUAUUAUAAACCUUUUAUAUCCGAGAGCUGAAGUUUAGAUGGUUUAUCUGCGUGGAAGAAAAGAACAAAUAAUAUAAUAUGGUUCAUAUUUUAUUAUAAUGCGUAUUUCAGUUAUACAUGAUAAUAUAUUAUUAAAUCGCAUGAGAGAUAAAAACUAUAUUUCUAUACGACGUUCAAAUCAGUGGAAAAUCCAAACGGACGAGACUCGGGGAUUUCACCGUAUACUUAAUUAGGUUCGAUACGAAUCGAUAAUAAUAAACGUUAUACGCGAUGAUGGAUCGGUGCGAGAACUGCGGCGAUGAAUACGAACGGCUGCUGAGCGAAGAGGAUGACCGUUCGUCGGCGGCCGAGGAUCAACACAACGAACACACGCUGCAUCAUCGGCAGCGGCCCGUGGAUACCGGUCGGCGCGUCGCCUACGGCUUCGGACACGUAUUCAACGACAUCACCGCGGCCAUUUGGUUCUCUUACACCAUGGUGUUCAUGCAAAACGUUGUUGGUGUGCCCGCGACCACCGCUGGAUUUUUGCUGUUUUUUGGUCAAACUGUAGACGCAAUAGCAACACCAUUUGUGGGAAUCAUAGUUGACAAAUUUGGAAAAAAGAAAAAUUGGGUGCUGUUAGGAACUGUGAUGGAAGCCAUAAGCUUUCCAUUAAUAUAUUACGUUUGGAAUUUAUCGAUUUUCGUAACUACCUUGAUUUAUAUCUGCGCGAUAUUAACAUUCCAAAUGGCCUGGGCUCUUGUUCAAAUUUCUCAUUUGUCGUUGAUACCAGAGCUAACUGAUUUGUCUUUAGAAAGAGGCAAAUUAACUUCAAUAAGAUACGUAUUCACAGUGUCCACGAAUAUUUUAAUGUUCAUCAUCGCUUGGUUAGUGUUCAGAGGUGUAAGGAAUAACGGCAAUGUGGGUAGUCUCAUUGGCCCUAAUGACUCAGAAAAAUUUCAAAUGUUAGCGUUAAUUGCUACUACGAUCGGAGUGUUCUCUGCGUUUAUUUUCCACGGACUAUUGAAACGUCCACGAAAUAUCAAUAAGAAAUCGAUGUACAGGCAGAAUCGACAGAUAAAUUUCGAUAAAAUACUAAAAUUUUGUAAAAACGUUCAUCUGUAUCAAGUGGCUAUUGUGUUUACAACUUGUAAGCUGCUGAUAAAUAUUGCUCUGAUAUAUAUACCACUUUUUAUAAACGAAUCGGCUAUUGACGAAUCUGGUACCAUAGCUAGCAUUCCGUUGGUGGCAUAUGUAUCUUCUUUGAUCACAUCUAUUGGUGUGGAAUACGUUAAACCGUGUUUAAAAUCUGAUAAAGUGAUCUUUACAAUUGGUAGUGUAAUAUCAAUUUUUGGAUCAUUAUUAGUAUUCUUCAAUCCUAAUAACGAAUUGACUUAUCACUACUUAUGUUUAGCUGCUGUAUGCUUUGGUUCAGGAAGUGCAAUAACUUCAGUGUUGAGCCUUAGUGUCACCGCAAACCUUAUUGGAAAUGAUACAGAUUGUGGAGCUUCCAUAUACAGUUCAGUUACAUUUUCUGACAAAUUAAUUAAUGGUUUAGUUAUCAUUGGAAUAGAAUUUAUGAAAUGCACAGAUUUGGAAAAAUGUUCACAUUAUUAUAGAGAUGUGUUGGCAUUUAGCAGUGGAUCACUUGCACUCAUUGGUUUAUUGGUGUUUUUAACAAUACCAAAAAUACUUAUAAAAGCAACAAAGAGUUCAUCAUCUCAUAUAGUUAUUUAAAUUUAAUUGUACAAAUAAAAUAUGUUCCUUUGUUAUUUUUAGGCAGUAAACAUAUUUUGACUAUAUUAGUAGAUAAAAAUAAGUAAUAACAUAUAAUUUUAAUAUAAUAUAUUUACGAAGUGUUAUUUCUAUA